UAAAGCCUCUCGACUGAGUGUUCACAGGUGGUGUGUGCUGGACACAGGUGGAGCUGCUCUGGUUCAGAGUGCUGCGCCGGUCCUUUCAGAAUGAGUGACCGCCUCCAGCGAGCCCUGACUCCGCCUUCCGCAGGGCUGCGUGUCGCUGAGCGGAGAGGCAGCGGCAGUGCGAGCUGCUCCGCGCGUCAGUGAGGUAGACAGACACCGUUCCUGCAUAUGCGGCCACCGGCACCUCACUGAAACACACCGACCAUGGACCUAUUCGAGUUUGACUUCUUCAGGGACUGGGAGCUGGAGCAACAGUGUCAUUACGAGCAGGACCGCUCAGCGCUGAAGAAGAAGGAGUGGGAGCGAAGGACACAGGAAGUGCAGCAGGAUGAAGACUUGUUCUCUACCGGAUUUAAUUUGUUUGGUGAGCCGUACAAGACUAACAAAGGAGAUGCCCUGGCCAACAGGGUCCAAAAUACUCUUGGAAAUUACGAUGAAAUGAAGGAGCUCCUGACUAGCCAUUCCAACCAGAGUCACCUUGUGGGCAUUCCUAAGAACUCUGUUCCCCAGACUCCAGUGGAGAAACCUGACCAGCCAGGCUUUUUCCCUGAGGCUCAGCGGAGCCGAACUGCUCCCUCCCAACCUGGAAGUCAAAGCACCUCCAUGCCCCCACCCCCUGCCAACACCAUGCCAGGCUCUAGCAUUGUACAGGGACAUCAAGGCAAAAAGUCUCGGUCUUCAGACUGGUCCCGAGGGGGUCACGGUUCAAGUGGUGCCCAGACCGCUCAAGCGGUCAGCCGGGGGAAGGACUCCACUCAUGAGCAGACCUUUAGUAGACAUGAUCAGGACCAAGAGGACUCGAGUCCCAAUCCUAGCGGACCUACAACUUCAUCACACUCCAACAGGAAGCAGGCCCAGUCUGGCAAAGGACCAGCCACAGCUGAGCUUGGCCUUGGAAAGUCUCCCGCCGAGCAGGACUUGUGCUCCCAUGGCUCGAACUCACCAGUGGCCUCUACGUCCCUGCUCCCUAGCGGCCUCUCAACACCGACUUUCCCCCAAGGCCUCCACUGCAAGCCUAGCAACACUGUGCAGCAGAAACCUACUGCCUAUGUCAGGCCCAUGGAUGGCCAAGACCAGGUCCCAAAUGAUUCCCCAGAGCUCAAACCCCCUGUGGAGCUGGUGGAAGUGUACAACAGUGUGCCAUUCGGAGGUCUGCUGGAUACCAAAAGCAGCACGGCUGGGACCAAGGGCAAAAUUCCCAAGCUGACACUGCCACAAUCUGGAGAGGUCAGCCUGCCCAACGACUCCAAUUGUGUGGAGGACAUUCUGCGGGAGAUGACCCACUCCUGGCCUCCACCUCUCACUGCCAUCCACACACCAGGCAAAGCUGAACAAACCAAGUUUCCCAUCCCUUCAAAGUGCAGUGCAUUCUUAGAUUUAGGGGCAUUGCUAGGGUCAUGCUUUGUUUCUAAGGAUUCCCAGCAUGUGACCUCAGGAUACAAUGGGAAACGCUGCAAUGUUUCCAGUAACAAGCCUGCAACCAAGUCGGUACCACAGAAGUCAAUGCUCGAGGAUGACCUGAAAAUCAGCAGUGAUGAAGAGGACAAUGAACAGGCCUCUGAGAAGCCCAAACCCAGGAGCGCUCCUCUCAAUCUCCCUGGAACCACACCACGGACCAGUGAACCAACCGGUCACUCCAGCGGUGCCUCGGGCAGCUCCAGCGAAUCGGAGAGCAGCUCAGAGUCCGACUCGGACAGUGAGAGCAGUUCCAGUGACAGUGAGUGCAACCGAGCAUCCCGUGCUGCCACUCCAGAGCCUGAGCCUCCAUCAACAAACAAGUGGCAACUAGAUAAGUGGCUAAACAAAGUUAAUCCUCACAAUAAAGCACUAAUUAGCACCCAGUCAGACAGUCAUGGGCUUAACAGCUCUCAAUCUGAUAAAGUCCAAGCCUCAGACAACCAGAGCUCCAGCAAGAGCAAGCCCACCACAGCACUGGCACCAGCAGAACCCAAGGAGAGAACAUUGCUCAGUCCUAUCAGAGAGAAAGCCAAACCCAAGACUGGUCAGAAGGCUCCGGACAGCAAAAGCACCAAGGUAAAAUCACCAGCCUCGGUGGAGCUUGCACCCCCCAGGAGAAGCACUGGAAAGAAGCAGCCCAAAAAGGUGGAGCGAUCUUCCAGCUGCGAGGAGCACAACUGGCCAAGACCAGGAAACUCAAGUUCUACCCCAAAAGAGAAAGAGCCCCCGCCUUUAGAACUGCCAAAACCUAGAGGCAAGGGCCCUGGGGUCAAGACGGCACCAAGAAAGGAACCACGGACCACCACAACAAACACUGCACCAACGAAUAUCACACCGGUUCAGGAUAAAAAGAAGCACAGAGGACCAAACAAGAUCACCCCCAAGUCUAAGGAGUUCAUCGAGACAGAGUCUUCUUCAUCCGAGUGUCAUUCUGAUCCUGAAGAGCUCACCAAGGUUCAGCUUCCCUGUCCCGGUCCCAACACCCUAAACCUGAAAUCCAAGGAUUGCAAUAGCAAUAUCCUGAGUGUUAGCAGCCUUACCAGCACAAGCAGCACCUCUAUUCCUGAUCCAGGUGCCUCGGAUCUCCUGGAAGAGCCCUUCUUUUCUCCCAUCCCUAUUGUACAAAGUGAACUAUUGUCACCACUAAGAGAUUUUGAGGACAUCAAGUCCCUUUGGGUUAAGAUUGAACUCAGCUUCCUAUCACGGAUCCCAGGGCAAGACCCCCCAGAGCCUCCCUCAACAAAGGCAGAGUGUCGGGAGAUCAGUGUCAAGCACAGACGGCAACAGUCACCUGCCUCUAUCCCUGCAGAAAAGAACCCUAGUAAAUCCAAGAGGAAACACAAGGCAAGUCACUGUGAUGUGAUGAGUGGAGGCAAAAAGCUUCGGAUGGACAAAGACGCACUUCUGCUUCCUCCUUGUAUCUCGCCCAUACACAACCACAAGGUCUCCAGCACAAAAGAUUCUUUAAAGAAGCAACCCCGCAAGCGGGAGGAUAAGCUGUUGCCGCCUCUGCUGUCGCCGCUGUCCGAUGAGCCUGUGGGCCGCCCGCGGAGAAGCAGCGAAUGCAGCUCCCUCAGUCAGGACGGAAACACCUCCACCGUCCCAAACACCCUCCCUUCCACCCGCACAAUACCUGCCUCCACUUCUUCAUCAUCGUCCUCAUCACACAAACACCGCAAGGGAGAGAGCAAAUCCUUCUCCCAUUCCAAGACCAGCGCUGAGGAAGACAGUCACAGCAAGCCUUCCGGCGGUUUUCACAGCAAUGGUCAGUCGGAGCCAAACCUCUGGUCAAACACUUCAGCCCUGUCCACAGAGCACAUGGAGCCCAGGAGACCUAAACUCACAUUUAAUAACACUGUUCACAAUGCAGAUUACUACAUGCAGGAGGCCAAGAAGUUGAAGCACAAGGCAGAUGCUUUGAUGGACAAGUUCGGAAAAGCUGUGAAUUACGCAGACGGGGCACUCUCGUUUAUCGAAUGUGGCAAUGCCAUGGAACGGGACCCGUUAGAGGCCAAGUCACCAUACACAAUGUAUUCAGAAACCGUAGAGCUCAUCAGGUACGCAAUGAGAUUAAAGAACUUUACCAGUCAUUCUGCCACAAUAGCUGAGAAGAAGCUCGCUGUGCUGUGCAAUCGUUGUUUGUCACUUCUAUACUUGCGAAUGUUCAAGCUGAAGAAGGAUCAUGCCAUGAAGUAUUCCCGCUCACUAAUGGAGUAUUUCAAGAAUUCUGCAAAAAGUUCCCAAGCACCUUCGCCGUGGGGAGCCAAUGGAAAGAGCACAGGUACCCCAUCUCCCAUGUCCCUGAGUCCAUCUCCUGUCAGUUCAGUCAGCAGCAGCGCUGGAAUGAUAGGCUCUUCCUCUGCCUCUGGAAGUGUGGCCAUUCCCCAACGCAUCCACCACAUGGCAGCCAGUCAUGUCAACAUCACCAACAACAUCCUGCGCAGCUAUGAACACUGGGAAACCGCUGACAAGCUGGCCCAGGAAAGUCAAGAGUUCUUUCUGGAGCUGGACUCAGUGAUGGAACCGUUGACGCAGCACAGCAGCAUGACAGAACUGGUGCGCUACAUACGCCAAGGAUUGCACUGGCUUCAGCUGGAGGCCAAUUUGUUAUAGUGCUGGCUCUUCCACUGUACUCUUCCUUUCUCUCUGUCAUACUCUCUCUCACUCUCUCCCACCGUUCAUCUCUACCUCCACCAUCUUUGCCAUCUACCACCCUCUGGAACCCUGAGGGAAGUCGACAGUUAACCACUAGCGAGCCUCAGAACUGUGAGUUAUUCCCUGGAGGGUGCCAUGUCCUCGUUCCAGCUUGAUUCCCUUUGAGUGCGUCAGGAAAGUCUUGAGAUGUCGUAGAAGGCGGACCUGGAAGGACGG